AGUAAUGGGACUGGGCGCGGUUGCUAUGGUAACGCUGCAAGCCAGUGCUGGCUGUGGCGGACAUGGCGGCUCACGAUCCGGCCUUCCUGGAGAGAUUGGGCGAACUGCAGCGGGAACUGCACGGCAGUGAGCAACAAAGACUAGAGCUGGAACAGAAUCUUUUGAAAUGUAAGAAGUCAAGUCGGUGGAUGCUAAAAAGAGCCAGGUUGAAAAGUUACUUGAGAGAAUUGUGUGAACGUGAGAGAAAAGCUCAACUUCGUAAUCGUCAAUUGCUCAAGGAUUUUGAAAACAUUGAAGCCCAAGUUGCAGCAUUAACAUCAAGUUCAGACACGCUGAAGCAAAUGAAGAUGGAAUAUGAAAAACAAAUUGAAAAUUUAAUGCCAAUUUGGAGUGAGAACCUGAAAUCACAAAGGAAGGAGAAGGAAGCCAAUAUUGAGCAAACAGGGAAUUUGUCAAGACAAAAGGAUAUAGAUGUUGGAAAGCACAUGUCAAAAGGAUUAUCCACCACUUGCAUUAUGGACCAACAAGCAUCAUGGACCUCAAAUGGAACAUGUUCAAAUUUACGAGAAAAAUGUCAGCAGCAUGUGGAGAGCUUUACAUCUUCCCAGCCAUGCAGGCAGGCAGCGUUAGUGACAACAACGCACACUAAAUCUGUGAUGGACAACUUGAAGUCGCCUAUGUCAAGCAAGGGAAGCCAAGACUUCCACACUGUUUCUGACAUAAUAGAAAGGGAGACAGGACUCCAAAGGAGUCAAGUAAUGCCAUUCACUCCUGUAAUCUCUUCAAGAAAUGAACGACUUUGCUAUGAAGGAAUAGAAUGUAAUAGGCGUAUUAGAGCAAAUAGUUCAGCUGGCAGUCAGGAAUUACCUAUACCUGUGACUCAGUUAGAAUCCAUUAAGGAAGAGUUGACACAAACCACUGUACUGGAUGAUUUUAAGAAUCGCCUGACAGGUGAAGAAAAUAAUCUCAAAAACAUUAUUGUAAGUGAACAAGCACAUGAGCGGUUUCAGAGACAAUUCAUGGAUCUGCACCAAGAUAGUGGUUGUUCAGGAGUUUCCAGCAUGAACACAAAAGAAAACAGCAUUUUUCAUUUGGUGAGUUCCCUGAAUCAAAAGAAAGACGCAGAGGAGGCUCUGAGGCCAAGCCAGGAUGUGCAGAAACUGGCUGAUGAAAUGUGUGAUUCAGAAAGUGACCUUAGCAUUUCUAUUAAUGAUGAAGAAUUGAAGUUGAAGGAAUCUUUUGAAAACCCGUGUAAUCAUAUUCUACUUCGUAAGACAACUACAAAUGAUGAUCUGGCAAGGAGCAAUGAGUCAGUUUCUGCCAAAGAUAAAAGCUUUACUAUUUUCAAAGAAGAAAAUGUACCUUUGCUAAAUCAGCCAGAUGAAAAAGACCAUGGUGGAUCUGCGGAAGGUGACCUUCAUGGAGAACUACAUGAGUACACAACUGGAACUCACCAGAACGACAGCUGCCUUUCACUGGAAGGAUUUUUUCACUUACUUCAAACGAUAGAAGAUGGUGUAAGAGAAACAGUGACUAAUUAUUCACAGGUGUACCAGCCUACUACCAUAAGUAACGAGAAACUGCAGGAAAUCACAAGUACUUGUAAUAAGAAAGACAGUGUGAGCAGAAAAAACCUUGAUGCCUGUGGAACAGUUGUUCUUCACCAGCUCAAGGGGUUGUCACAGAGUACUUCAAAUGGUUGUCUGCUGACUGAAGAAAUUUUGAAUAAAGAGUGUGAAGCAUUUGAUGGAAGCAAUACUAGAUUGUUAGAUUUGCCUGCUGACUCUGCCACAUUGUGGGACCGUUGGUACUUGCACGUUGUUUCUAUGUUGGAACAUCAGGUGCUGACCACAGAUGAGGCUGCAGAAAUAUUUGGACCUUUAUUGGUUGCAGAAAGCAGUAACAACUCCCAAAAGGCAACCGCAUUAUUGAAGAAGAUCCUUCCAAAAGAUAUUGAAAAACAAUCUUUUCCAAGCGAUGACUCAUCUUGCAGCUUACCAUCCAGUUUCAUUGAUGACUUAGAAAUUAAACCAGGAGUUCCUGUGCCGAGCUUUGACCUAAGUAUUACCAAACAGCAAGAAACAAGAGCUUAUCAGCUGUUAAAGCUAUCAGCAAUGCAGAAGAAUGAGAAGGAUGUUUCUGAUUUACAUUCAGCAGGUAUGAGCAAGGAGAAGUGCAGCAGGAAGGCAAAAAAUGAUAAUGAGGUUAAAGAUAAUUUUGAAACUGGCUCGAGUGAAGAAAGCCCACAGUUAAGGAACAGAAGCAAAAAAGAGAGGAUUAAUCCUGUAAAAUCAAAAGCUUUUUGGGGUGAAUCUGAUGACAGUGCAUCCGAUAUUGAAGCAAUUCUUCAUCCGAAGACAUCAGAAGUAUUUCAAGACAGAGAUGAUUUUGAAGAUUUCUUUUAACAGUAAAAAUUAACCAUUCCAUUGACAAGGCAUUAUAAUGUACUCAGGCUUUGAAUAUAGAACUGUUCAGUUGGAGAGAAAUGUGUCUCGCAUGUUGUCAUAGAAAUUCUGUACGACUGCCUUCUCAUUUGUUUCUUGCAUUCAAUCAUUGUCGCAAAAAUAAAGAAAAUGGUCACCAGAGUGAAUGUUUAGGUUUUUUGCAUUUUUGCAAUGGAUGAGAUUUCUUGGCAUAGGUAAUAUUUUGAAAAACACAAAACUGGUACAUAAAGAGAGGAGAGUUUUUACAGGUAUUGACUUCUUCACUAUUUUCUUUUUCACCCAAUUCUAACUGACUGCACUUGAGACCAGAUUAUGUACUGUUCAGAUAAUCAUUGUUGAAUUUGAAAAUUUUGAAAUUACGUAUGUACAGCAGAAUUCCACAAAUAGUAAUAAGUUAAUGAACCAAUAACCCAUUUUAAUUAUACCAACUAAGGGCUAAGUAUUAAGUCAGGGGAGGAUCAUUUCUGCUUUAGUCUUUCAUUGACAUUAACAGGGUACAAAUGAACAUUGAAAUGUAAUCCCAAUAUAAAGCAAGAUACUUGUCUACUUCACUCUUACUUUAGUCAGUAUAAGUGUAUAUGUGUGUGUGCUGUGCUAUAAUAAAGUGACCCUAUGAACAGUUUGCACAAUAUAUAAAAUACAUUGAUUAAAAAAACAAAAGGGUCACUGUGUCUUGUUGAGCAAAAAAAGAAUUUUGAACACAAUUGUGUGUCGAA